AUGGAGAUCAACGAUUUUAUAUUCACUAUGUACGAAUAAGAAAUCGAUACUAAUGAAGAUAAUCUUAGUCUUUUAUAAUCAGACAGAAAUAUGCAUCUAUCAUUAUUUGGAUUGCAUAGCCCUGAACCUUCUGUUAUUGAAAAUUUUUCUAAUAAUGGAAGUUUAUUCGAUUAUAACUUCUCAAACUAUGAUAAUACUGGUACUAAAUAAUCUGAAAUUGGUAUUUGUAAAACCAAUAAAAAAAUUCGUAAAAGAAAAUAACAAAAUAGUGGACUUUUGAGCAAAAAUGAAUUCAUUAACAUUUUAGAGAGAAUAGAAUAAUGUUAAUCCAUUUAAUUUCUGUUGGAUUAACUAUCUCUUACUGUCAAAAAGAUGAAAGAUCAUUUAAAAAGAAAAAUCGCUAUGACUUACGAUUAGUGAAAUAUCUA